AUGCCUCUUGGGCAAGUAAAGGAAUGGGUAAAGAAGAUCGUGUUCCUUGGUGAACGUUCGGAGUACCAUCCAAGUUUCAAGGCGAAGCUUGCCACUCUAGAAAACGUGUGUGUGGCCGUACGAUCACUUAUAAAGGGGGUCAAAGCUGUGGCACAGCCAAUACGGCGAUGGAGGUCAAAACCGUUGAUGAUGCCAACCGUGGACGAGGACGAACACACACAGUUCAGCAAGGCACUGACUGUACUAAUGUGCCUCCUAUCAAAAGAAGAAAUCAAGAACUAUGUCGACAAGAUCAUCAAGGCUCAAGACCAGAUCGAGGAAGCUCAGCGGCAGUUUUUAGAAAAAGUUAGAUCUGAUACAUUGGCUCCGCUGCUAAAAUUCGUGAAUGAAGAAGCAGUCACCAUCCGCAAGGAGAAGGCAAAACUGGACAGGUUAUUGGCUGACUACGAAGCGGCUGCCGACGAUGUUAAAGCCUGCACUGACCAACUGAAGGUACCUACUUUGACGGCGCGAACCGAAAAAUUUAGGGAGGACGUCGAAAACCAGGCCCAGAUCGUUGCCACUCUUUUCGAAAACCUUCCGAAGUACAUGAAACAGCAGGCAGCGGCAUUACGAUCUUUCACUUUGAACCGCAAUAUCGCUGCCAAAUUUUAUCAGCCGUUUUAA